AUGGCGGCCGACGCGGCGCUACGCCGGCUCCUGAGGCUGCACCGCACGGAGAUCGCAGUGGCCGUGGACAGCGCCUUCCCACUGCUGCACGCGCUGGCCGACCACGACGUGGUCCCCGAGGACAAGUUCCAGGAGACGCUUCGUCUGAAGGAAAAGGAGGGCUGCCCCCAGGCCUUCCACGCCCUCCUGUCCUGGCUGCUGACCCAGGACUCCACAGCCAUCCUGGACUUCUGGAGGGUGCUGUUCAAGGACUACAACCUGGAGCGCUAUGGCCGGCUGCAGCCCAUCCUGAACAGCUUCCCCAAAGAUGUGGACCUCAGCCAGCCCCGGAAGGGCAGGAAGCCCCCGGCCGCCCCCAAGGCUUUGGUACCGCCUCCCAGACUCCCCACCAAGAGAAAGGCCUCAGAAGAGACUCGAGCUGCAGUGCCAGCAGCCCUGACUCCAAGGGGCACCUCCAGCUCAGGCUCUCAACUGAAGGCCAAGACCCCCAAGAAGCCGGAGAGCAGCGCAGAGCAGCAGCGCCUUCCGCUCGGGAACGGGAUUCAGACCAUGUCAGCUUCAGUCCAGAGAGCUGUGGCCGUGUCCUCCGGGGACGUCCCGGGAGCCCGAGGGGCCGUGGAGGGGAUCCUCAUCCAGCAGGUGUUUGAGUCAGGGGGCUCCAAGAAGUGCAUCCAGGUCGGCGGGGAGUUCUACACUCCCAGCAAGUUCGAAGACCCCGGCGGCGGGAAGAACAAGACCCGCAGCAGCAGUGGCCCGAAGCCUCUGGUUCGAGCCAAGGGAGCCCAGGGCACUGCCCCCGGUGGAGGUGAGGCUAGGCUGGGCCAGCAGGGCAGGGUUCCUGCCCCUCCGGCCCUCCCCAGUGACCCCCAGCUCCACCAGAAGAAUGAGGACGAGUGUGCCGUGUGUCGGGACGGCGGGGAGCUCAUCUGCUGUGACGGCUGCCCUCGGGCCUUCCACCUGGCCUGCCUGUCCCCUCCGCUCCAGGAGAUCCCCAGUGGGACCUGGAGGUGCUCCAGCUGCCUGCAGGCAACAGUCCAGGAGAUGCGGCCCCGGGCAGAGGAGCCCCGGCCCCAGGAGCCACCGGUGGAGAGCCCGCACCCCCCAGGGCUUAGGUCGGCGGGAGAGGAGGUGAGAGGUCCACCCAGGGAGCCCCUAGCCGGCAUGGACACCACUCUUGUCUACAAGCACCUGCCGGCCCUGCCUUCUGCAGCCCCGCUGCCAGGGUUGGACUCCUCGGCCCUGCACCCCCUGCUGUGUGUGGGCCCUGAGGGCCAGCAGAAUCCGGCUCCUGGUGCGCGUUGCGGGGUGUGCAGAGAUGGUACAGACGUGCUGCGGUGUACUCACUGUGCCGCCGCCUUCCACUGGCGCUGCCACUUCCCAGCGGGCACCUCCCAGACUGGGACGGGCCUGCGCUGCAGAUCCUGCUCAGGAGACGUGACCCCAGCCCCUGUGGAGGGGGUGCUGGCCCCUGGGCCUGCCAAGCUGGGUGUGGGGGAGGCCCGAGAUGACACUGCCAGUCACGAGCCCGCUCUGCACAGGGAUGACCUGGAGUCCCUUCUGAGUGAGCACACCUUCGACGGCAUCCUGCAGUGGGCCAUCCAGAGCAUGGCCCGCCCAGCAGCCCCCUUCCCCUCCUGACACCGGACGGCUGGGACACACAGCUCUGAUGGGAGGGUGCUGAGAAGGACACUUCCUUCCUCAGCCCUGGAAGCUGGUCGGCUGGGACCAAGAAGGGGACAGCACCACGUCUUGUUAGUCCUCGGCUGUAAACAGCCCUGUGUUUCUGGGGACACCAGCCAUCAUGUGCCUGGAAAUUAAAACCUGUGGUUUCGAGAUGCUCUUCAAUGGGGGCAUUUGUUUGGGGCGUUCGUACGCCUGGUGCCUGAAGUGUUGGCCAAGCUGGCUGGAAGGGAGCUUGCCGUAAGGGAACAGCGGUGCCUGUGGGCAGGAGUUCACCAACAAAACCACAAGGCUCUGUUCCCUGCCUCCCACGGCCCCCCAGCAAAACCCAAGCCCUUGCUGUCCACCCCGCAAGGCCCUGCGUGGUCGGGUCCCCACCCCCGGCCUUCACCCCUCACUGUGCUCUUGGCCUCCCU